AUGACUAUACCAAGAGAGUAAGAGGAGGGAGGGAGGCCAAUUUCCUUUCUGUAACACACGCUAUGUGAACACACCGGUAAAACGGAGAGAAGGAAAGAAAAUAGGAGAGAGAGAAGGAAACACCACAACCGCAUCGCUAGCACUCUGCUUGUUUUUUUUUUUUUUUUUUAAUUAGGAAGAAAUAGUCUUCUUUAAACGCAGAUCCACGGACUAAUAUGGGAAGAGAGCUGAGCUCCUGAGGAGGAUUGACUUUCAGUGAACCUCUGCUCUGUGAUAGAGUCUGUGGCUCCUAGGGAGGAAAAAGGCGACAGGGAGGACAUGUUCGUCUUGAGGUUGCGGUAGGCUGUUGAUGUGCUUUUAAAACACACGGUUCUCGUAGAGAAAUUAAAAAAAAAAAAAAAAAAACGAGGGAAAUGGAAACUGGGCGGUAAGCAAAGCCCAUGGCCCACUGUUUUGAUCGAUGUUUGUUAAAUUGGUUUGUUGUGAUCUGAAAUAACAGGCCUCAAAGUCAGCCCUGCAGUAAAUAGAUACACGGUCUGCACAGAGCUGGAAGUUAACCUCACAAAACCUGGUUGUAUUUUGGACGUUAUUUUUAUUGAGCUGCUGUGUUGUUUUUUAAAUACAAGUAAACAGUAUUUGCUUUUAAAUUAAUUUUGUUAAACGGGGACAAAACAUUUCCAGAUAUAAGUCGUACAUACCGAGGCCCAGUAAGAUACAGCGACGGCUCUUGGCGUUUUUAAAGACCAUUGUAGUCCCUGCGCACAGAAGUGCACACGAUUUCGGUCCCACUUUGGUUGGAGAAAGGGAUCAAAAUAAGAAUUUUAAAUGUUAAUGUCGACCGACGUUGCAUCCAUCAUGCUGCCUGUGUCCCGGGGUCUCCUCGACCGGGAUAGAGAGCUGGACACCAUGACCGGGGUGCACCCCAACCCGGGUGGCGCUCCCGCUGCUGUCCGGGGCAUGAAGCGCGGAGAUCCAGAGCCCGACGGACAGACAGCGGCAGCUCUGGUGGACUCAGCCGGGGCGGAGUGCAAGCGUCCCCGCAUCGACGGGUCGGGAGGCUUUAGCGACGUUGGUCAGAACAACGAUCCCUUGACCCUCGGUUACCAUGGAUACCCAUCUCAUAGUCAGUCUUUUCUCUCUUUCUUCCUACAGGGCUCUCAGGAUAGUGCUGGUGGUCAGGAGGGACUUGUGCCCCCACCUUUCUCUGCUUUCCCACCUCCUCCACCACCACCCCGCCAGAACGGGCUGGCCCUGGAUUACGGGGGCAGUUUGUACACAGCAGGGCCCGUCCAGGGCCCAGUGGAAGCCAGUGGGGUUGUGAAUAGCGCAGCCAAUGCCGCCAACAGCCUCAGUGCCCAACAGUCAGAUGGAUCCUCCCAGAUUGACAGCCAGUCUGCUGUUGGCUCAGGGGGAGGAGGAGGUGGGGGGGGUGUUGGGGAUGAUUCAGAUGCCAAGGGGACCCCCAAACGCCUCCAUGUUUCAAACAUCCCAUUUCGCUUCCGAGACCCAGAUCUACGGCAAAUGUUUGGACAAUUUGGCAAAAUCCUUGAUGUCGAGAUAAUUUUUAACGAGAGGGGUUCCAAGGGUUUCGGCUUUGUAACAUUCGAAGCAAGCGCAGAUGCGGAGCGAGCCAGAGAGAAGCUUCAUGGUACGCUGGUGGAAGGACGUAAAAUAGAGGUUAAUAAUGCCACAGCCAGAGUGAUGACAAACAAGAAGAUGACCACACCAUACUCUAAUGGAGAAGGCCUCGCUGCACUACCAUAUGCUGGGUGGAAGUUGAGUCCCAUGGUUGGAGCCAUGUACAGUCCUGAGCUCUAUACAGUACCUGGGUUUCCAUACCCAGCAGCAGCAGCAGCAGCUGCCUCCACUGCUGCAACUUUACGAGGCGCUCACCUCCGAGGUCGAGCUCGGCCUGUCUACAGUGCAGUUAGAACAGCUGUCCCACAACCUGCCAUCCCUACCUACCCAGGCGUGAUGGCCUAUCAGGAUGGUUUUUAUGGUGCAGCUGAUCUCUACGGUGGAUAUGCAGCAUAUCGUUAUGCCCAGCCGGCUGCAGUAGCAACUCCAGCAGCAGCAGCAGCAGCAGCUUACAGUGACAGCUAUGGACGAGUUUACACAGCAGACCCCUACCAUGCUGCACUCGCCCCAGCUGCAUACGGUGUUGGAGCCAUGGCAACACUGUACAGGGGAGGCUACAGCAGAUUUGCCCCUUAUUAAAGUCACGUUGUUUCCCAGGAGCUCCUCUCUUCAAUUGAAAUACUCUGAAAGAGCUCCCUCUGUUGCCGUGGAGGUGGACUGCACGCAGUUUUAAAGUGUGGAGUUGACCACAACAAAGAUAUUUCAGACCCCACCCAAGAGCAGCCCCACGUUUUCUUAUAUACACUACUACAGAAAUAAAGGAAUGCUGUAUUAAAGACUGAAGGAUGGCCUAUACAUUUUAAAAGAGGGAAAAAAAGAGACUUAAAAUUGCCACCUUCCCUAUUGCACGGCUGUAUUAUAGUCCCCACUUCCUACUUCCCACUCAGCAGCACAAGAUUUUGGAUGGAGCUCAAUGUUCUUCCAAAGGCUGUAUAUGGAUAACUGACAUUUGAACAGCUGGCUGUCAUAAUUGGGAAAUAGUUGAGUGUGGAGUGGCCUGCUUGCACUCUGCAUUUAAGGAAAAAGAGACAAGAUAUCCCAGUGUCCACAAAAUAUCAGGGUAGUAGGAAGAAAGAAGGUGCACCGAAAGAACACCUGAAAUAUUUCAAACCAGAAUGACGAGUCACCUAAAAUGAUAAAAUACCCACUGACAGAUUUUAUAAUUCCUCCCUAACACGGGCAAAUAGUGAUGACAGGAUUUCCAUUCCUGCAGCAGAAGGACACUGAACAUGGCAGCAUGGAGAUAUGAUGUGACAGUUUAUAAUGCUACAGAAAUCACGUCCGAAAGCUGAAGGAGGGAGGUUAUUAGAGCUGUUCCUUACCUCAAGAUUUCUUAGUAUGUGAAAAUGGUGAACCUUUAAACUUAAAAUUGUUAUGAUAUGCAAAGAAAUUAGUUUAGAGAAAAAAAGUUACCAAAUUAUUAUCAUUAUUAUUAUUAUUAUUGUUAAUAAACCAUUAUUUUGUUUGACUAGAACAUGUAGAUUCAACAGUGAACCUUGGGGUUAAUGGGGUUACAAUUACGGUUUAUAUUGCAAAUUUUCAGUUAUGUGACACAGUUAUAGCUUCACAGGAUUUCACUACAUUAUGUCUGCAAUCAUCACUCAACACGUCAAAAAGUGACACACUACAUUAAAACAUUCUGUUUUGUCAAGUUUACACCCAAACAAAAUCACAACCGUGGGGUUCAAGUAUUUGUUUUUUGAUUGAGAACCAGUGUGUAGAAUUUAUUGAGGUUGCAGACUGCAACCCAUUGAAUAACCAUCAUUUUCCAAACAUGGUGGACAACCGACCAUAGACACGUUGGACCUCGUUGAAGAGGACUCACUUCCGCUGUAGAUGUGAAGGGCUCACUUUAAACUAACGAAAACACAGUGCUUCAUUGUUACAGGUAGUUAUAAACUAGUAAAAUCACACUUAGGAACACUAUAUUCCAUAUCUGCUCAUAUCGACCUAAAUCCUACACACUGGGUCUUUAAUGUAGAGGUCUAUUUGUUUUUUGCCCUCAUACUUCUUUUACAGAGUCCAUUGGAUGAGUCUUCCUAAAACACACUUCAGUUUAGUUGUGCUCAAGAUUACAGAGCAAUAGAGAGAUUUAAUAGUAAGGUAAUAGUAAAUAUUUAAAUGCAAAUCACCUUACUAUUGUGCAUAUUUCUAUACCAUUGUAUUCAAUAAUUCCAAAAUGUGGCUUUUUUGGCUUUUGUUUUUGUUCCAAAGACUUGUAGAAAGCACAUUCCUCAGCUGUAUGUAUAGAUAUAUUAUGUUUAUUAUUGAUGUUAUCAUAAUCAAAUAGGUGUCUUUAUUUCCUUUAUUUCAUCUGCUGUUUUAUAAGUGAUGUUCCUUUUUCAGUAAAGUGUAAGAUACAUUUCAAGUUUGGGCUUUUGCUUUGUAUUUAAGUUCUCAGAGCAAACCAGGUAUGGUAUGUAAGCAUGUAACGUUACCAAACUCAUGUCCUUUAGUUAAAAUAUCAGUCAGUCCAGGUUGGUUUUAUUAUUGUUUGAUUUGGAUUGAUCUGCCCGCAUGAAAUUUAAUUAUGUUUCAAGCUUUACAGUAACAGCUGAAUUAUUUUCUGUUCAUGUCCAUAUUUUGCAGGUGACUAAGACAAUUGGAAUGAAAGAAUAUAAGCCUCUAGCACUUUGGUUAAAGACAACUGUUUGAUAGUAUUCUUGUUUUGUUUUGAAAGGAAAUUCCAUACAUUUCAUGAUUUAGUCCAUCAGCUUAGCCAAUGUGGUUGCUCCCGGUUUAUUUGAAGGUAUCCAAUAAAAAGUGUUAUCACUGAAAUGUACACAGGUUAAUAUUUCUACAUGGUGAAAAACAAAAUGUCAAUGUGGGGUCUGAUCUAAUUUGUGUGCAGAAUGGGACAGUUUAAAAAACAAAACAAAAAAAUUAUUUCAAACCUAGCUUUUUGUUUUCCAAUUCUUAGGCUUAUAGAAACAUACAGGUCAAUUACAUGUUUAUUUUGUUAGUUUUUAUAUGGUGAUCUUUUUCUCACGGCAUUAAACAUUUCAUUUUUUCUCCUAUAUUAUCUCCAUGUUAAUAUAGAAAGUGCUCUGGACAAUAAAGACAAGAAAAGAAAAAUGGCACUAGCCAAAGAUGCUAACAAUCCCCAGCAUGUUCUGGUUCCCAAUUUGUGAAGUCCAAAAUACACAAAGAUAGACUUUUGGAGCCACUGAGGGCAUGGACAAACCAGCAUGUGCAACACUUGUUAAGUAAAACAAACAUUUUUUUAUUAAUUUAUUUUUAUUUUAUUUUAUUUUAUUUUUUUUUUAUUUAUUUAUUUGAUUUUUUAAUUUUUUAUUUUUGUUGCAUGAAUCUUGUGUCUUUUCAUAUUUGACUCCUGAGCAGCAGAACCCAGCUGCAUUCUUCUUCACCACUAAACUCCAUGACAGGCAGCUAGCGGUUUGAGGCUAGUCAUUACAACAAAGAGCACAGUGCUGUUUGGCAAAAAAGCCUGCUGACAGAAAAAAAAAAUGCUGCACAACUACCAUGUGGCAGCUUAACUUUCCUGUCCUGGUUUUGUUGACACUGUAUUAUGGUAAACUAUGUGGUCAUCUUCUUCAUAGUUGCCAUGGUUUCUCAAUGAACUGUUCUUUCCCUCUGUCAUGUCUGUAUCUCCCUUGACUGCCUUUAUGUUUUUUUGUUAUUGAAUGUCCAUAUAAAAUGUUUUAUAUAAAAUCUGUGA